AUGACUACUCCUACUAUGUCAUUUGAAAAAGUGUCUAUUUUGGGGAAACCUACUAUUCAUGUAGGUUACGAUAUUCAUACUCAUAUCGUUCAAACUAUUAUUAAUGAUUGUAAAUCAUCUACUUAUGUUGUUGUCAAUGAUGCAAACCUUACAAAAGUCCCUUAUUGGGAACAAUUAGUUACCGAAUUUGAGCAAUCUUUACCAAAGGGUUCUCGUUUAUUACGUUUUGUUACUAAACCAGGUGAAGCUCAUAAGACAAGAAAAACAAAGGAAUCUAUCGAAGAUUUUAUGUUAUUACAAGGUUGUACAAGAGAUACCGUUGUUGUAGCUAUUGGUGGUGGGAUCAUUGGUGAUAUGAUCGGUUACACUGCUGCUACUUUCAUGAGAGGUGUCCGUGUCGUACAAAUUCCAACAUCUUUAUUAGCUAUGGUUGAUUCUUCAAUUGGUGGUAAGACUGCUGUUGAUACUCCAAUAGGUAAAAAUUUUAUUGGUGCAUUUUGGCAACCACAAUUUGUCCUUGUUGAUAUUAAAUGGCUUCGUACUUUACCGCAAAGAGAAUUUAUUAAUGGUAUGGCUGAAGUUAUUAAGACUGCAGCUAUUUGGGAUGCAGAUGAAUUUACUAGACUUGAAGUUAAUGCCAAUUCUUUCCUAGAAAUUGUUAAUAACGCAAAAUUCAUUGAUUACAAGAGUACUAUGACUGAUGAAAUUUAUAACAUUUCUGAUACAAACAUUGAAGCCAUCUUAGAACAUACUUACAAAUUAGUCUUAGGAAGUAUUAAGGUUAAAGCAGAUGUUGUUUCAUCUGAUGAACGUGAAUCCAGUUUAAGAAAUUUACUGAAUUUUGGUCAUACUAUUGGUCAUGCUUAUGAAGCUAUCUUAACCCCACAAGCACUACAUGGUGAAUGUGUCUCCAUUGGUAUGGUUAAAGAAGCUGAAUUGUCUCGUUAUUGGGGUAUUUUAUCUUCCACUCAAGUAGCUCGUCUUUCUAAGAUCCUUGUUGCAUACGGUUUACCUGUCUCACCAGAAGAAAAAUGGUUUAAAGAAUUAACUUUACAAAAGACUACUCCAUUGGAAACUUUAUUAGACAAGAUGAGUAUCGAUAAGAAGAAUGACGGUGCUAAAAAGAAGUGUGUUAUCCUAGAGAGUAUUGGUAAAUGUUACGGUACUUCAGCACAUGUUGUAUCUGAUGAAGAUUUUAAAUUUAUUCUAACUGAUGAAACUUUGGUUUAUCCAUUCAACAACAUUCCAAAGGAUCAAAACAAAAUUAUUGUCCCACCAGGUUCCAAAUCUAUUUCCAACCGUGCUCUUGUUAUGGCUGCUCUUGGUGAAGGUACUUGUAAGAUCAAAAAUUUAUUACAUUCUGAUGAUACCAAACAUAUGUUAACUGCUGUUGAUUUGUUAAAGGGUGCAAACAUUACUUGGGAAGAUAAUGGUGAAACUGUUGUUUUAGAGGGUCAUGGUGGUGAAACAUUGACAGUAUGUAACGAAGAACUAUAUUUGGGUAAUGCGGGUACUGCAUCUAGAUUUUUAACAACGGUUGCUGCGUUAGUUAAAUCCAGUCCUGAUAAAGAUUAUAUUAUCUUAACGGGUAAUGCUAGAAUGCAACAGAGACCAAUUGGUCCAUUAGUAGACUCAUUACGCGCAAAUGGUACCAAGAUUGAUUAUAUGAAAAAUGAAGGUUGUCUUCCAUUAAAGGUUCAUACCGAUUCUGUCUUCAAAGGUGGUAGAAUUGAACUUGCAGCUACUGUUUCAUCCCAAUAUGUUUCAUCUGUUCUAAUGUGUGCUCCAUAUGCUCAAGAACCUGUUACUUUGGCAUUAGUCGGUGGUAAACCAAUCUCUCAAUUAUACGUUGAUAUGACUAUUAGAAUGAUGGAUGCGUUUGGUGUCAAGGUCACUCAAUCAGAAACUGAACCAUACACUUACCACAUUCCAAAGGGUCAUUACAUUAACCCACCCGAAUAUGUUAUCGAAAGUGAUGCUUCUAGUGCUACUUAUCCAUUAGCGUUUGCUGCAUUGACAGGUACUACUGUAACCGUUCCAAAUAUUGGUUCUGCCUCUUUACAAGGUGACGCUAGAUUUGCCAGAGAUGUUCUAAAACCAAUGGGUUGUACUGUCGAUCAAACUGCAACUUCCACCACUGUAACAGGUCCAGCUCAGGGUACAUUGAAACCACUAAAACAUGUCGAUAUGGAACCAAUGACAGACGCGUUCUUAACCGCCUGUGUCGUUGCCGCUGUUGCCAACGAUGGUAAGGGAACUGGUAAUGUUACAACUAUUGAAGGUAUCGCCAAUCAAAGAGUUAAGGAAUGUAAUAGAAUCGAAGCUAUGGCUAGCCAAUUGGCUAAAUUUGGUGUUGAAACUAGAGAAUUACCAGACGGUAUUCAAAUUUAUGGUCUAGAUUCUAUUGAUGAAUUAAAGGUUCCAAGCAAUUCUUCUGGUCCAGUAGGUAUUGAUACUUAUGAUGAUCACCGUGUUGCUAUGAGUUUCUCCUUAUUAGCUGGUAUGGUUAAUUACAAUUCGAAAUCUCAAGAUGUUACAUCUGUAAGAAUUCUUGAGAGACAUUGCACCGGUAAAACAUGGCCAGGUUGGUGGGACGUUUUACACACCAAUCUAGGUGCUAAAUUAGACGGUGCAGAACCACUAAUUUCCUCUAACGUCAACUCCAAUAAGAGUGUUGUCAUUAUUGGUAUGAGAGCCGCAGGUAAAACUACUAUUAGUAAAUGGUGUGCUGCCGCCCUUGGCUACAAACUGGUUGAUUUAGAUGACCUUUUCGAAGAACAAUACGAAAAGGGUACCAUUAAAGAAUUUGUUGCUGAAAAUGGUUGGGAAAAAUUCAGAAUGGAAGAAGCAAGAAUCUUUAAAGAAGUUAUUGAAAAAUACGGUGACUCAGGUUAUGUAUUUUCAACUGGUGGUGGUAUUGUUGAAAGUGCGGAAUCAAGAGAAUCUCUGAAGAAAUUUGCCUCAGAAGGUGGUGUUGUUCUACAUCUGCACAGAGAUAUCGAAGAAACUAUCAUCUUUUUACAAAGUGACCCAACUAGACCAGCAUACGUUGAAGAAAUUAGAGAUGUUUGGUCUAAGAGAGAACAAUGGUACAAUGAAUGCUCCAAUUACACCUUUUUCGCUCCUCAUUGUUCUACCGAGGCUCAAUUCCAAAAAUUAAGAAAGGUCUUUGGUAAUUUCAUUAACAUGAUCACUGGUAAAAGACAAAUUGAUAUUCCAACUAAAAGAUCCGCUUUCGUUUGUCUAACGUUUGAAGACCUAACUGAACAUGUUGACAGCUUAAAUCCAAUAACUUAUGGUUGCGAUGCUGUUGAAGUUAGAAUUGACCAUUUGGCUGAACUGGAUGCAGAUUAUGUCUCUAGACAACUUUCAACGUUGCGUAUUGUUACUGAUGGUCUCCCAAUAAUCUUUACUGUAAGAACUAAGAAGCAGGGUGGUAAAUUUGCUGAUGAUGAUUAUGUCACACUAAAAAAUCUAUUUAACUUAGCUCUAAAAUCCGGUGUUGAAUAUAUCGAUAUCGAAUUGACUCUACCUUCUGACAUUCAAUACAGUGUUCUUAACAACAAGGGUUUUACCAAGAUUAUUGGUUCCCAUCAUGACUUUAACGCCGCGUACAACUGGGAUGACGCCGAAUGGGAGAACAGAUAUAACCAAGCAUUAUCUCUUGAUGUUGACAUUGUGAAAUUUGUUGGAACUGCUAUCAAUUUUGAAGACAACUUAGCUCUAGAAAGAUUUAGAUUCUCUCACACUACUAAGCCACUAAUUGCCAUAAACAUGGGGAAGAUUGGUCAAGUUUCGCGUGUAUUAAACACCCUACUAACACCAAUAACUUCUGAUCUAUUGAACACUGCUGCAGCUCCAGGCCAAUUAACUUUACAACAAAUUAACAAAAUCUACACAUCGAUGGGUGGUAUUUCUCCAAAGGAAUUUUAUGUUGUGGGGAAGCCAAUCGGUCACUCUAGAUCUCCAAUUUUACAUAAUACAGGUUACAAUUUACUAGGUUUACCACACAAAUUUGAUAAAUUUGAAACGGAUUCCGCCGAAAAUGUUAAAAAGGUUUUACUUGAUGGUAAUGAGAACCUAGGUGGUUUGGCUGUUACUAUUCCAUUGAAACUGGACAUUAUUCCAUUCAUGGAAGAACUAUCUGAUUCGGCCAAGACCAUCGGUGCUGUCAAUACAGUCAUCCCAAUCGGUAACGGAAAGUUCAAUGGUGACAACACAGAUUGGUUAGGUAUCAAAAACUCCUUAAUUAGUAACGGUGUACCAAGUUCUGUUUCUGGCGUUUCUGGUUUAGUUAUUGGUGCAGGUGGUACUUCAAGAGCAGCAAUUUACGCUCUACACAACAUUGGUUGUGAAAAAAUCUAUUUGAUCAACAGAACUACAUCAAAAUUACAAGAACUAAAGAAAACUUUCCCAGAAGAAUACAAUCUGGUUGUCAUUGAAACUACUACAGAUGCAGACAAACUUCAAGAUACGAUCAGUGUUGCUGUUAGUUGUGUACCAGCUGACAAACCUUUGGAUGAAGAAUUGGUUAGUAAACUUGAACGUUGUUUAACUAAAACUACUCAUUCUAAGUUCCUUCCAACUCUUCUUGAAGCAGCAUAUCUACCAACUGUCACACCUAUCAUGAGAUUGGCUAAGGAUAAGUAUCAAUGGAAUGUUGUUCCAGGUGCUCAAUUAUUGGUGCAUCAAGGUGUCGCCCAAUUUGAGAAAUGGACUGGUGUUAAAGCUCCGUUCCAAGCUAUCUUCGAGGAAGUCACAAGAAAUUAA